GGGGCAGCUGAAGGUUGCAACUGCUGGAAGGAGGCUUUUGGCUGCUUGGUAACGGGCUGCCAGAACAGAGAGAAAGGCAGAGAGCAGGGCAGCGGUUUCUUGACGUCAGGACCCAGCGAGGCGAUUGCUCCAGCAACCCCAACCUGCUCCACUGUGCGCCCCGCCGACGGCGGGAGAGGAGCCCCGCGCCAGGCGCCCUCUGGGUGUGAGCGGGGUCGGGGGGGGAGCGUGUCGACCGAGGCACAGCAUGCUCCCAGCCCUCGGGCCAUGGAGAUCGCCCUGGUGCCCCUGGAGAACGGCGGGGCCAUGACCGUCAGAGGAGGAGGUGAGGCCCGGGCAGGCUGUGGGCAGGCCACAGGGGGAGAGCUCCAGUGCCCCCCGACAGUUGGGCACAGCGAUGCACCCAAAGAACCGGAGCCGAGGGGGCGCAGCGCACAGAGGGGCGCGGACCCGGGAGGGCGGCUUUUGCCAUCGCUACCCCAGGAGCUGCCGCCUUCCAGACAGCUGCCUCCGGGAGACCAGGAGGGAGAAGGCGACCCCGCCCUGGGCACGGCGGAGGACCAGGUGCUGAGGGCAGGGGCCCUUCACCACCAGCGCGUCCUCAUCAACAUUUCCGGGCUGCGCUUCGAGACGCAGCUGGGCACCCUGGCGCAGUUCCCCAACACCCUCCUAGGGGACCCGGCCAAGCGCCUGCGCUACUUUGACCCCCUGAGGAACGAGUACUUCUUUGACCGCAACCGGCCCAGCUUCGACGGCAUCCUCUACUACUACCAGUCCGGGGGCCGGCUGCGGAGGCCCGUCAAUGUCUCCCUGGACGUUUUCGCAGAUGAGAUCCGUUUCUACCAGCUGGGGGACGAGGCCAUGGAGCGCUUCCGGGAGGAUGAGGGUUUCAUUAAAGAAGACGAGAAGCCACUGCCCCGCAAUGAAUUCCAGCGCCAGAUGUGGCUUAUCUUUGAAUACCCGGAGAGCUCGGGGUCCGCACGAGCCAUCGCCAUCGUUUCGGUCUUGGUCAUUCUCAUUUCUAUCAUCACCUUCUGUUUGGAGACUUUGCCUGAGUUCAGGGAUGAACGCGAGCUGCUCCGCCAUCCCCCAGCACCCCACCAGCCUUCCUGGCCCGCCCCGGGGGCCAACGGCAGCGGGGCUGUGGCGCCUCCCUCUGGCCCAACGGUGGCACCUCUGCUGCCUAGGACCCUGGCUGACCCCUUCUUCAUUGUGGAGACCACGUGUGUCAUCUGGUUCACCUUCGAGCUGCUUGUGCGUUUCUUUGCCUGCCCCAGCAAGGCAGAGUUCUCUCGGAACAUUAUGAAUAUCAUCGAUGUGGUGGCCAUCUUCCCCUACUUCAUCACCCUGGGCACCGAGCUGGCAGAGCAGCAGCCGGGGGGCGGAGGCGGCGGUGGCCAGAAUGGGCAGCAGGCCAUGUCCCUGGCCAUCCUCCGCGUGAUCCGCCUGGUCCGGGUGUUCCGCAUCUUCAAGCUCUCCCGCCACUCGAAGGGGCUGCAGAUCCUGGGCAAGACGUUGCAGGCCUCCAUGCGGGAGCUGGGCCUGCUCAUCUUCUUCCUCUUCAUCGGAGUCAUCCUCUUCUCCAGCGCUGUCUACUUCGCAGAGGCGGACAACCAGGAGACCCACUUCUCCAGCAUCCCAGAUGCCUUCUGGUGGGCAGUAGUCACCAUGACCACAGUGGGCUAUGGGGACAUGAGGCCGGUCACUGUAGGGGGCAAGAUCGUGGGCUCACUGUGUGCCAUCGCUGGGGUCCUCACCAUCGCCCUGCCGGUGCCCGUCAUUGUCUCCAACUUCAACUACUUCUACCACCGGGAGACGGACCACGAGGAGCAGGCAACCCUCAAGGAGGAGCAGGGCAGCCAGAGCCAGGGGCCAGCGCUGGACAGCAGAGGCCAGCGGAAGGCCAGCUGGAGCAAGGGCUCCUUCUGCAAGGCUGGGGGUGCCCUGGAGAACGCAGAGGGAGCCCGAAGGGGCAGCUGCCCCCUAGAGAAGUGUAACCUCAAGGCCAAGAGCAAUGUGGACUUGCGCAGGUCCUUGUAUGCCCUUUGCCUGGACACCAGCCGGGAAACAGAUUUAUGAGGGGGGAUCCAGGCAGACUGGUGGCAGUGGGGUGGGGACAGCAGAAGCCUCCUGAGCCUGGGUAUAUACUUCAUACCACAGAGUAUUUCAAACCUACUCUAUAACCUAAGCAUGUCCCUCUUCCUUUCACUCUUUCCCUCCCUCCCGCUCUCCCUGGAUCCCCCCAUUUUUCCUCUUCUUUCCAUGACACCAAGAGUUGCCUAUUUUUAAAAAAAUACCACAUUCCAUGACGCAGGAGCUGUUGAAAUGGUGAGCGCUAUGAGAGGGAUGUAUUUGUAGCCAGUUUCCUAUACCCAGCAAAGGAAUAACCCAAACAAAAAUGACUUUAAAUAGCCUACAUCCCAAGAGAUUUUUGUAACCACCCCCAUCCAUGUGUUCCAAAUUUGCUUUACAUAUGAUUAUAUUUUGUGUAUAGGGGAAAAUAUUUUUAUGGCUGGUGAGUGGAUUUUUGUACUAUACAUCAGAUGGAGAUAUUUUGGAGAUAUUUUGAAGACUUGUGUGGUAUUUAUGGAAGAGAAAGUUACUGUGAUGUUUUUCUGUGAUACUUAAUAUUUUAGCCAGAGACCCAGCUGUUCUGGUUCCUGUGUCUGUAAGACUCUCUCUUUUCUGGGAUGUGGUAUAGGUGCUUUGCAUCUAGGGCAGGGAAUGUUUUGGAAGAAAGGCAAGUCUGAGUUUUUUCUGUGCGCCUUAAACAAUUUUUGUAACUUUCUUUGAAAAACAUUUUAAUGAUGUUG